CACUGGCAUAUCGCUGUGUGCAAAUGCAAUGUUGAUUGUGAAAUUUGAAAAUCUCGUUUGUUGAUUCGAAGUGAUUGUGCUCAAGUUACUCGGCCUUAUAAAAUAUUUUGGAUAAAGAGAAUGCCGCCGAGUAGUUUACGAGUCGUGUACGCGUUCGCAAGAGAAAUGCACCCAAAAACGACCGACAUUUUUAUUCAAUACGGUACUGCCGGAUUCCGCACAAAAGCCAGUCUCCUUGAACAUGUAGUCUAUCGCAUGGGACUACUUGCCGUUUUACGAUCGAGGUGUAAAAAUGGUCGUACCAUUGGAAUGAUGAUCACGGCUUCACACAACUUAGAACCAGACAACGGCGUCAAAUUAAUCGAUCCUGAUGGUGAAAUGCUGGAAGAAAGUUGGGAAGGUAUUGCUACAAGGCUCGCUAAUGUCAGUGACAAUGACUUAGAAUCAACAACUGCGCAAAUCAUCAAAGAAGUCAACGCCGACAUGGCACUUAAAGCCAGUGUCUACAUUGGAAUGGACACCAGAUACACAAGUCCGCGUCUGGCUGCCGCGGCUGUUCACGGUGUAAUGGCUUUGAAAGGGACCGCUAAAGAGUUUGGUAUUGUGACUACCCCCAUUUUACACUUUUGUGUAAAAUGUCGUAAUGAUAAUACAUAUGGGACGCCUACGGAAGAAGGUUAUUACGAAAAAAUCGUAGGCGCAUUCAAAAGUAUUCGCCAGAAGUUACCAGUCUGUGGUAAUUACAAUACCACAUUAUACGUGGAUGGUGCAAAUGGUGUUGGAGGGAAGAAAUUAAAUAUAAUUAAGAAGACAUUGGACGGUGAACUCGACUUAGUCCUAUACAAUUUGGGCGGAAAUGGAGGAAAACUUAAUUUAAAUUGUGGCGCAGAUUUUGUGAAAGUAUCACAGAAGCCGCCCGUGGGCGUUGAACACGUUCCUUACCAACGUGUAGCCUCUUUGGACGGAGAUGGAGACAGAAUCGUGUAUUAUUAUGUUGAUGACAGUAACAAUAUGCAUCUAUUAGAUGGAGAUCGCAUAGCAACAUUAUUCGCCAGUUACAUAACAGAGCUACUGAAAGGGUGCGAUGCGACCCAUUUACGACUGGGCCUAGUUCAAACAGCGUAUGCGAAUGGUGCCUCUACCAAAUACAUUACUGAGAACUUGAAAGUACCAGUAACGUGCGUAAAGACAGGUGUGAAACAUUUACAUCACGCAGCUUUAUCAUAUGACAUAGGAGUUUAUUUUGAGGCCAACGGGCAUGGGACUGUAGUGUACAGUGAUGUCACGAAAACUACAAUAGCUAAAGUUGCUCAGGAGGGUGAUACGGAACAAAGAAAGGCGGCUCAAUUGUUACUAAGUUUCAUCGACUUGACCAAUGAGACAGUUGGAGAUGCAAUUUCUGAUCUAUUCUUGGUUGAAACAGUACUUUGUGAAAGAGGACAUGACGUCAGACAGUGGAUGGAGUCUUAUAAUGACCUACCCUGUAGACAGCUAAAGGUUACGGUUGAGGACCGCAAUGCUAUCAAAACAACGGACGCGGAACGAAAGUGUACGUCGCCGGAAUCUCUACAGGAACGUGUAGAUGAAUUGGUAUCUUCGUAUAAAUGUGGGCGUGCGUUCGUACGUCCGUCCGGUACUGAAGAUAUUGUACGGGUUUACGCCGAGGCUGAUACGCAAGAGUCUGCAGUUAAAUUAGCAGCUGAGGUAGCUCAGGCAGUUUACGACUUAGCAGGUGGAGUUGGGGAUAGACCGACUGUAUCGGCUUAAGAACUGCGAUAAAGGGAAAUUGCUGUGGAAAAUUCAUAAUAUCAGGUUAUUUUCGAACUGAACCGCUUCACAGUAUAAGAAAAUAUACAUUUAUUUUACCAUAUGACUAAAUAAUUUGAAGUAAGAAUAUAAUUAGUUUAUAAUAAGUUUAUAUACCUGCCUGGGUAAAAAAGACGUAAUAUUGUGUUCUUUUAUGUUAAGUAGUGUACAAAAUUACUUAUUUUUAUUAUGAAUAGUCUAAUAUCACAAUUGUGAUGGAUUAACAAUAUUUAUACUAAUAUUAUGUAGAUAAAAAAAAUUGUUAAACAAGCUAACUUCUGGAACUUUGAUUUUUAAUAGAACAGGGGGCAGGAGGCUCACAGGAACUGCUUUGAAUUAAAUGUUUUUGGCUUGGAUAGUCUAUAUAUAAAAGAAAUAACGCGGCUAAAAUUCAGGGCAAUUAACGACUAAUACAGUUACUAAUUAUUAACGCAAAUCACCGAUAGUUUAGUUAAAUCCUAGCGUUUUAUUCUGUACCAAAUGUUUUGUUGUGUUUAUACAAAUGUAAAUAUUUCUUAAAUUAUACAUUUGUUCAUGUACUUAUAUAAUAGGAUUGGAUUAAAAUUUUACUUCUGUCUGAAUAAUUUAAUGGCAGCUUUUUGUCACGACAAAUAUGCCCGUCCAAUUUAUUAUGAGGAAUUCUUAAUCUCAAAUUAUUUGCUUCAAUGUUUUAAUACCAUGUAAGCACCCAUAGCUCGUGUGACUGUUAGUUUUGUGGUUUUCUGUUCAGCAUAAGAAGGAUAAGUUAAUAGUCCCUUUAGGAGUAGAACUAAGUUUAUCUUGAAAUAUUAUAAAAAGUGUGUUAAGUAUGGGACAGAUAAAUAAGAUUAGAAAGGUUAUAUAUAACUUAAGUCAUAAGAGAAAGAGAACAAACAUUUUUGUUUAAAAUAAAUAUAGGGUUUACCAAUUACAAGCUCUUAUUUGUCUAUUCCAUUAUGGAUGUUUUCUGAAAGAUUAAGAGUGACAAAUGCAUGAUUAAUUUUUAGUAUUUGGUAUAGCUAAAUUGAUUAGAAUACUAGUCUAUUGAGAUUAAGUCUAAAAUAUGUAACUAGUCGCAAGAAAUUCUUGGCAAAUGUUAAAUUAAUAUUUUCUGCACAAGGAAAAAUACUUAACAAUUUGCCAGUUAGGUAAAUCAAUAAAAUUGCUCAUCUUUUGCUUAAUAAAUUGUACAAUAACAAGUAACAAGAACAUUAUUGUGUUUGGUAUAAUUAUAUAUAAUAAGAGCGAAUUAGUUUACCAGUAAAUUUUAUUAAAACAAAACUGCCAGAAUAUAAAAUUUUAUUGCUAGGGCCCAAUACAUUUUAUAAUGUACUGUGAUUGUAGUAUUGUAACAAUUUUUCACCUUAUAAGCUCUCUGCACAAUUAACAUAUAAAAAGGAGAUUUAUUUCAGGAUUUGUGAAGCCUUUAAAUCAAUGUAAAAAAAUAACAAAGACUUUACAAAAGUGAUUUUUAUGCCAAUUAGCAGAGAUUUAAUAACUAAAUUUGCUGUUAGUAUCUUAUUUUUUUGUUGUAAUAUUCCAGUGCUCAUUUGUAACCGCAUGUAGACAUAUGCAUGCAUUAAUUAUAUGUAUUUGGUUUUGCUGACUGUAUUUUUUAAUUUGGUAUGGAAGUGUAUAAAUAAUAUAAAAAUACAUGUUUGUUGUGUGUAUUUUUCCAUGUAUGCUAAGUGCUGUUAUUGUUUUACACAAAAGACUAAAUUAUAAAACAUCAGUAGUUAUCAAACACAGAAUAAAUCUCUGCUAGUUAGUUCUCUUAUAAAUUACUAUAAUGCUAUGUAUUUAAAUUUGUUUUAAAUCAAGAUUUUUUCAUGUUAAUUAUUUAUAAUCUUUAAAGAAUAUCAAUCUUUUAUUUUAAAAGCAGCGAUUAUGUAGGAAUUGAACGAAAGAAUAGACUACUUAUGAAAGUUAUUUACUUAAUCAAAUUUAUUUUUAAUUUAUUGAUUAUUUAAUUGCAACUAACCAAAUUUGAUGUAUAUACAUUUUAUAUUGUUUUAAUAAACAUUAUUUUAUUUGGCAACAUGUAUAAUACGUAAUAUAUAAGCAGUUUCAAAUACAUUAUUGAAUAAUUGAGAAUUUGAACAGCAUUUAAUUUUUUUUAAGAAAUAGGUCUGUCUAUGUGUAUAGUAAUUUAUCUGAGGUCUUAUCUUCCUCUACUGAUAGCAAUUACGUGAAAAAUUCAACCAACAUUGAUAAGAUAUAUGAGAUAGAAAAUUUUAUUUAUGUUUAUGUAGUCUUUCUUUAUCUUGGAUGUCAUUAAGAUUAUCUUUGGAUAAUGUAUCUUAAUAAAACAAUUUUAGUUUGAGUAGUUUUAAAUUUUAGAUUUUAGACACUCCAUUAUUAGCUUCUACUAUUUUCAAAUAAAUCACAGUUAAAUAAGUAAUUUUAAGAACAAUGAAUAUUUCAGCUUUCAGCGUGCAAUAUAUAUAUAUAUAUUUUCAUAUGCAAUAAAAUUAAUUACUUUAUAAAGAGCAUAUCAGAUGAUGUUUAUGUGUUUAUCCAACUAUUUGUGGGAGGUUAACUGAUUUAUCUAUGUGCCUUUGUAAUUCAUUAUUUACCAUUAUAUGAAUAAAUUUCUUAAUUAUU